AUGCAGUGGCGAGUUUGGACUGUCGUUCUUGUCACCAUAGCAACCCUCUGUGGAGCCCAGAGCCCACCAUCAGUGCAGGACAAGUUCUUCGCGCAGUACGUCCUCGACAGGAGUACCCUCGUGCUCAAACGCAAGGUCUUCAUCUACCGCAACGAGCUCUACACACCCUGGUCGGAAUGGGGCAACUGCUCCACCCGGGACUGCACCGAGUUCCGCUACCGACAAUGUCUCAACGACUCCUACGAGGAUAGGAUCACGAACCUCUUGAAGACAAACAGUUGUCCCUUCCAGUUUGUCGCGGAGACUCGACGCUGCCUAAACGAUACGGCAUGCAAAAGCGACGGUCCUUCGAAGAUUUUGCUGAACCAAGCAAGCACUUGUGGAAUUCGGCCCAAUGCCAAACGAAGUCGCAUUUUGACAAAGAUUCUUGGGGGAAAAGAAGCUCGACCUCAUAGCUGGCCUUGGCAGGCUGCGCUUUAUGUAAGUCCAAUAGAAAGCGGUGGCCGUUUGUCGCGAUCAACAGUUGUUGAAUCUCCAUUCUGCGGUGCCACGCUGAUCGCUCCCAAUUGGCUCAUCACAGCGGCUCACUGUCUAAGUGAACUCGUGCCCUACAAGAGCCUCCCCGUGGGUCAGUUGUUCUCCGUGGAAGAGGAGGUGGAACAGACAAUAAGUGCUCGAGUUGGCGACCAUGUGAGGGGUCGAAGUGAUGGCCCGCAGGAGGUCUCGCGCAUUGUGGAAAUGGCAAUUAUUCACCCUGAUUACCGCCGCGGAUUCUCGGACCACGGAUUCGACGUGGCGCUCCUAAAGAUUGAUGAACCGGUUGAAUUUGGCGACAAGGUGGGCUCCAUCUGUGUGCCAGACCGGAAGCUGAACCUGCCAGAGGGUCACGUGUGCUACGCUGCAGGCUGGGGCGAGACUUUGUCUGACCACUCGGUCGUUCCGCAGUCCUUCGGCCUCAUCGAUCUAUUAUCCAGCGGGUUCUUUCCGCAGCCCUUCGGGCUGGGCCAUUUCUCCUCAUUCAACAGACGACGCAGGGGUCCGAAACAGCCGCUUCGACUACUCGAGGUGGACUUGCGACUUGUGCCGUUGUCGAAGUGUCGCAGAACGUUUAGGAAUUUGCGCGAGUGGGUCCACGUCUGUGCUGGCGAGAAAGGAAAGGACACCUGCCGUGGCGACAGCGGUGGAGGCCUCUUCUGCCAAAACCCCAAAGACGGUCGCUGGUACAUCUACGGGGUGACGAGUUUCGGGUCAGGUCGGGGUUGCGGCAAGCACUAUGGUGUGUACGCCUGCACUCGCGGCAUCUCCGAGUGGAUUCACGAAAGCGUUCAGUAG